AUGACAAGCAAUAUCAGUUCAAGCACAACCGGUCACACAUAUCGACUUCGACCAAUGCCAACAAGUUCAAUAAAUAAUAGUUCAAAUAUAAGUGGACAAUCAACAAAUACAACAUUAAAUAAUCCUAAUAGUAACUCAACAUAUUAUGGAACAGCAGCACCUAUAGUAGCUUCCCCAACAUGGAGUUAUUCAUCUCCAAGUCAACUAGCACGAAAAUAUGCUAAUAUUGCACCUAUUUGGUGUCAUAUAACAAAACCAAGACAAUUAAAAAAAAAAUUUGCAUCAACAUUUCAUCAAGCUCAAUCAUUAGUAAGUUUCUAUAAUGAAGAUCGAGCACCAAGUGAACGACGUGGUUCACUUAAUCAAUCACAACAACCACAACAAUUACAAUCUCAACCACAGCAACAACAACAAUCAAGUGUACAUAAUACAAGUUCAAAUCCACAAUAUCAUCAUAAUGAAUCAAAUAGUUAUCGUCAACAGUAUACUCCACAUUAUAUUUCUCAUGAUCAUACAAUCGAUCCACCACCACCAAUAACAUCAUCACGAUCAAAAAAGAAAUAUACAGGUGGUGCUUUAACAAUGCAUAUAUCAUCACGUUUACAAUCACCACCAUUAUCAUCAAUAACAAAUGAAGAAAAAUUUUCUAAUCCAAGUGAACGUAAAGCUCGUAUUGAUCAAUUAAAAGAUCUUGUUUUUAAUACGCGUGUUAAAGAUACAAUGAUUGGACGAACGGAUUCAAAAAAUCGUUCAACAACAAAUUUACAAAAAGCUAAUUCAUAUAAACGUAUUGAUCAAAUAACAAAUCCAAAUGAUGAUUAUCAAACAUCAAUUAUUCCACCAACAACACCUGUACGUAAAGAUUCACAUUAUUAUCAUUAUCAUUUACCAACAAGUACAAUAUCAUCAACAUUAAAUGAAAAUCUUAAUCGUCCUAUUGUACCUCCACCACCAUCAACAUCAUCAUCAACAACAGCAGCAACAAGUUCAACUGGAUCACAUCCAACAUAUAAUUAUGAUUAUUUACGUGCAAAAUCAAAAGAAUAUACACGACCCAUAUAUCAUGAAACAAAUUAUAUAACAAAUCCAACACAUACAACAGAAAUACCAUCAUCACAAAUAGCAUCAGCGAGUUCAGCGUAUGUUGGUUCAACAAUAACAAAUCCAUUGAAUUCUUAUCGUACAUAUGAUGAUCAUGGUUAUAUUAGUAAACCAACAUCAAUUACAGAUAAAAACACAUCAUAUACAGCUAUAACAUCAUUUCCUAGCUAUCAAACACCUGGUUCAUCUAAACGACGUAUUAAAAAAUAUUUACUUGCUAAAGGUAGUGCUCCGACAACACUUUCACAUCAAACAGAACCUAUUAUAACAAAUAUGGAAAAUUUAUCAUUACUUGAAGACGAUAAAACAACUAAUGGAGAUGAUUCAAGUGUUAUUAUUGCUAAUACACAUGUUACAACACCAUCAUCACCAGUACCUUCAAAACCUACAAAUACAACUGUUGUUCCAUUACUUCAAACAACACCACCUAUUCCAACACUUAGUCCAGCAUCAUCGCCUCAACCUGCUCUAAUAACAAAUAAUUCUACUGCUCCUGUUGAAGCCGUUGUUUUCUCUACACCUAAUGGUCAACUAUCACCUAGUCCACAAAAUAAUUAUAUUAAUAAUAAUAAUAAAGGUCCUCCUGUUAUUGUUGUACCUUUAUCUGCUUCAUUAACAUCACUUAACAAACAACAACAACAACCAACAUUAAAAUCAACAACAAAUUCACUUCUUGAUUUUGUUGCGGCACAUGCUGAAAAAGAACAAUCACCAUCUCGAUCGAUUGUACCACCAGUUAUUGAGGAUGGGCGACGGCAUAAUCGACAUGAUUCAUCGGAAAAUCGUCGUGGUGGAAAUGGUACCGGUGGUACAACCACACGAGCUGAAAGUAUUACAAGUACAUCAUCAGCAUCGAAACGACAUAAGAAAACUAACAAUGUAAUUAAUAAUCAUACGAAUAAUAAUUAUCGUCAUCAUCAUCAUCAUAAACGAUCAACAUCAACACCAAAUCAACGAUCCCCGUUAAUCAAUAUGCGACUCAUACAAUUCAAUAGUGGUCUUCGUGUAGUAUUAAAAGAUGUUCAACAAGAACAAAGUGAACAUUCACCAAGAUAUUAUCUUGCACCAACAUCAGCACCAGCACCACCACCAUCUGUACAUUAUUCAUCAAAUUCUUCUAUAGCUACAACAAGUUCAUCUAUUAAAUCAAAUACAUCUCUAAGUACAAAUCAUGAAUAUUAUACUUAUCGACAAUAUAUACCAUCAUCACAUUCAACAAUUUAUUCUCAAUGUAAUCAUAUAAAAACACCUCCUGUUGUUAAUGCAAUACCAUCAUCAACGAUUAUUAUUGAGAAUCGACGAGACAAAAGCGAUUCGGGCCAUGUCAAUAUUCGUGAUGAUGAUGAAGGCCAUUUGAUUUAUGUUCCAGGUGAUAUUUUACAUCGUCAAUAUGAAAUUCGUCGAACACUUGGCGAAGGUACUUUUGGUAAAGUCGUCGAAGUUCGUGAUCUUCGCGGUGAUGGUAAUGCACGCUUAGCAUUAAAAAUAAUAAAGAAUGUUGAUAAAUAUCGUGAAGCGGCCCGGUUAGAAAUUAAUGUACUUAAAACAAUCAAAGAAAAAGAUCCCGAUAGUGUUAAUUUAUGUGUAGCAUUACUUGAUUCAUUUGAUUAUUAUGGUCAUAUGUGUAUUGCUUUUGAUAUGUUAGGUUUAAGUGUAUUUGAUUUUUUAAAAGAAAACAAUUAUAUUCCAUAUCCAAUCGAUCAAGUUCGUCAUAUUUCAUAUCAAUUAUGCCUUGCUGUCAAAUUUCUUCAUGAAAUUGCAUUGACACAUACAGACUUAAAGCCUGAAAAUAUUCUUUUUGUCGAUUCGGAUUACAAUGUUGUUUAUAAUCAUCGAAAGAGAAGAGAUGAGCGUGUUGUACGUCGAACAGAUAUAAAAGUAAUUGAUUUUGGUUCUGCAACAUUCGAUUGGGAACAUCAUUCAACAAUUGUUUCAACAAGACAUUAUCGUGCACCAGAAGUUAUACUUGAAUUAGGAUGGUCUCAAGCAUGUGAUGUUUGGAGUGUUGGAUGUAUUCUAUUUGAACUUUAUCUUGGUUUUACUCUCUUUCAAACUCAUGAUAAUAAAGAGCAUUUAGCUAUGAUGGAACGUAUACUCGGUCCUAUUCCAUAUCGAAUGGCAAAACAAUCAAAAAAAACAAAAUAUUUCUAUCAUGGUCGAUUAGAUUGGGAUGAACGUAGUUCAGCUGGUCGCUAUGUACGCGAUAAUUGUAAACCAAUAAGACGUUAUAUGAUGAGUGAUGAACAAGAUCAUCAACAGUUAUUUGAAUUAAUUGAAAAAAUGCUUGAAUAUGAUCCAAAACGACGAAUAACAUUAGUUGACGCACUUCGACAUCCGUUUUUUGAACGUCUUCUACCCGAGCAACGUAUUAAUGAUGUUCUUUCGAUCGCAAAUACAUCUGCUAAUUCUUGA